UGUCCUGCAGGCAGCAUUCCGGGUGGAGAGUGAGUGAGAUAAAGAGAAAGACAGAAGAGAUUUGAGGCCGUAGACUGGAUAAUUACACCAAGAUAUACGGGCUGUAUGUCCAAACCAGCAGCGGCGUUUAAGCAGGAUAUGGGCUCUCCAGGGCAGAUCCCAGGACAAGACAUGGAGCUCUAAGCUGGCCCUCUCCAUCCAUCUCCAUUUGCUGCCAAAACCACGUCUUCUACCCCUUCUAUAGCGGCUUGGCUCAGACUCCUCGAAGAGAAAAAAAAAAAAAAAACCAAGUGGGAGGGAGUAGUAAACUUUCCCCAGCUGCUGUCCAGACACACACAUGCUGCAUUGCUGCCAUUCCCCAAGCCCUGCUCCAUCCAUCCCUAGGUUACGGCCACUAGCUCACUAGCGGGCUAGCACUUGGCACAAAGGCGAGGCCUGUCCUCGGGGAUAAAAAUACAAGCUGUGUACACUUGCCUCUUUCUUUUUCUUCCUUUUUCCGGGUCACCCAGCCAAACACUCAUUAACUGGGGCUCCUUUUGUUUAGCUGUCAUUCUUGCUGCUUUGAGCAGUGGAGGAUUGCAAGUAUCCAGUUAGCAGUCAGUCAGUCAGACUAAGGAACCCAGAGGGGUCGGUUAUCAGAGGCCAGGAGGAUGGAGCCCAGCAUGGAGAACUGCCUUACCCAGGUCCUGCAGAAGGACAUGGGCCGCCGGCUGCAGGUGGGGCAGGAGAUCAUUGAUUACAUUUUGGACAAGGAGAAGUCCCACGACCUGGAGCAGGAUCAGACAGCACUGGACAAGAUGGUGGACGGCAUCGCCAGCUCUUGGGUCAACUCCAGCAACUUCAAGGUGGCUCUGCUCGGCCUGGACCUGUUGUCUGCCUUAGUGACAAGGUUACAGGAGCGAUUUAGGACCCACGUGGGAACAGUUCUGCCCAGCCUUAUUGAUCGAUUGGGAGAUUCAAAAGACCAAGUGCGAGAACAAGACCAAACAGUGCUGCUAAAGAUCAUGGAACAAGCCGCCAGCCCGCAGUAUGUGUGGGACAGAAUGCUGGGAGGCUUCAAACAUAAGAACAACAGGACAAGAGAAGGAGUGUGCCUUUGCCUCAUCGCCACGUUGAGCACAUACGGAGCUCAAGGCCUGACUCUCAGUAAAAUUGUUCCCCACAUAUGUAACCUCUUGGGGGAUCCCACAAGUCAGGUGCGUGACGGGGCUAUGAGCUGCUUGGUGGAGAUCUACAAACACGUGGGUGAGAGGGUGAGGAUGGAUCUCAGCAAAAAGGGCCUGCCACAGUCACGGUUGAAUGUAAUCUUCAGCAAAUUUGAUGAAGUCCAAAGAUCCGGGAACAUGAUGGUAUCCUCUGGUUCAGAUAAGAACUUUGAGGAUGAAGACUCUGUGGAUGGAGGCCGGUCCUCCUCCUCGUCAUCAUCCAAAGCACCCCCCAGUGGCAGGAAGCCUGUAAUGAGCUCUGUUAGAAGACCCAGCUCAGCCACCACAGCCAAGGCCACAGUGAAAGAAGCCGCUGCCGGUGCUCUUGAUGAAGAGGAUUUCAUUAAAGCCUUUGAAGACGUGCCAUCAGUCCAGAUCUACUCUAACAGAGAGCUAGAGGACCAGCUGACCAAGAUCAGAGAAGUGCUGUCUGAUGACAAACAUGACUGGGAGCACCGAGUGUUAGCGCUGAAAAAGGUGCGUUCUCUGAUCCUGGCCGGGGCAUCAGAGUACGAGGGUUUCCCUCAGCAGCUGCGUCUCCUGGAGGCUCCCCUCAAACUGUCCGCUAAAGACCUGCGCUCACAGGUGGUCCGCGAGGCCUGCAUCACACUGGGACAUUUAUCAUCAGUACUGGGCACUAAGUUUGACCAUGGAGCGGAGAGCAUCAUGCCCACACUGCUGAACCUUGUGCCCAACAGUGCCAAAGUCAUCGCCACGUCUGGAAUGGCCGCCAUCCGCCUCAUCCUUAGGCGCACACACUACCCACGUCUCAUCCCCAUCAUCACCAGUAACUGCACCUCCAAAUCAGUAGCAGUCCGACGACGCUGUUAUGAGUUCCUAGACCUCAUGUUACAAGAGUGGCACACUAAUACACUGGAAAGGCAUGUGGCUGUUCUGACUGAGACCAUCAAGAAAGGCAUACACGAUGCUGACUCUGAGGCCAGAUCCAUUGCUAGAAAGUGCUAUUGGGGUUUCCAUGGUCACUACAGCCGGGAGGCAGAGCAUCUGUUCCAGGCGCUGGAGUCCACCUAUCAGAAGGCCCUCCAGUCUCACCUGAAGAGCUCUGACAGCGUCGUGUCUCUGCCCCAGUCGGACCGCUCCUCCUCCUCUUCCCAGGAGAGUCUGAACCGGCCUUUGUCUGUGAAGAGUGUCAUUGGAGGGAGCAUAACAAGGAGUAAGCUGGUGAGCACCAGGGUGCCAUCGGGUUCUCUACAGCGUUCCCGUAGUGACAUCGAUGUAAACGCCGCCUCCAACGCCAAGUCCCGUCUGUCCACCGUUCCUGCAUCCUCACCGUUCGGCUCUGCAGCUGCUCUUCCCCCAGGCUCCUACGCCUCAUUAGGUCGUGUUCGAACCAGGAGACAAAGCUCGGGCAGUGUGGGCGGAGCCAGUCCCUCAGUGGUGGACAGUAGGGGGCGCAGCCGAGCCAAAGUUGUCUCUCAGUCCCAGCCCGGCAGCCGCUCCAGCUCCCCAGGCAAGCUGCUUGGCCACAGCAGCUACGGCCGGAUCCCUCGAUCCACGGUGUCGGCCUCCACCACGCCAGCAGACAAGCGCAGCAGGAUCCCCCGCAGCCAGGGCUGCAGCCGCGAGACCAGCCCCAGCCGACUGGGCCUCGACCGAUAUGGUUUGAUUCACCAAGCAAGGAUCUCAGCAUCAGUUAAUGCCAUGAGGGUCCUUGACACUGGCACAGAGGUGGAGGCAGCCGUUGCUGAUGCUCUGCUAUUAGGAGACUCCAGGAAUAAGAGGAAGCCGUUGAGGCGGAGGUACGAAUCCCCGGGGAUGUACUCUGAUGACGAUGCCAACAGUGACGCGUCCAGUGCCUGCUCGGAGCGCUCGUAUGGCUCCAGGAACGGCGGGAUCCCCCACUACCUGCGGCAGACGGAGGAUGUGGCCGAGGUUCUGAACCACUGCGCCAGCUCCAACUGGUCAGAGAGGAAGGAGGGCCUGCUGGGCCUGCAGAAUCUCCUCAAGAGCCAAAGAAUACUGAGCCGAGUGGAGCUGAAGAGACUUUGUGAGAUCUUCACAAGGAUGUUUGCAGAUCCACACAGCAAGAGGGUGUUCAGCAUGUUCCUGGAGACUCUUGUGGACUUCGUCACAGUACACAGGGAGGACCUGCAGGACUGGCUCUUUGUCCUGCUCACUCAGCUGCUGAAGAAGAUGGGGGCCGACCUGCUGGGCUCGGUCCAAGCCAAAGUCCAGAAGGCCCUGGAUAUCACAAGGGAGUCCUUCCCAUUUGACCAACAGUUCAACAUUCUGAUGAGGUUCAUCGUCGAUCAGACUCAGACACCUAAUCUGAAGGUUAAGGUGGCCAUUUUGAAGUACAUAGAGUCCCUGGCUCGGCAGAUGGACCCGACAGACUUUGUCAACUCCAGCGAGACGCGCCUGGCUGUAUCUCGCAUCAUCACCUGGACCACUGAACCCAAAAGUUCUGAUGUCAGGAAGACCCUUCAUAACUGGGUGAGCGAGGAGCUAGCUGGCUGGUCCAGUACUGCAGCCUUACUGUCCGCUGAGGGCAACCAGGAAGAAAGGUGUAAGCAGGCGGCCCAGGUGGUGCUGAUUGCUCUGUUUGAGCUUAACACCCCAGAGUUCACCAUGCUGCUGGGGGCGCUCCCCAAAACCUUCCAGGAUGGAGCCACCAAACUGCUGCAUAACCACCUGAAGAACUCCAGCAAUACGGGCAGCAGUGUGGGGUCUCCGAGCAACACCAUUGGCCGGACGCCAACACGCCAUAUCCCCAGCAGAACCAGCCCCCUCACCUCCCCCACAAACUGUUCCCAUGGAGGACUGUCUCCAAGUCGGUUAUGGGGUUGGGGUGUCGACGGACUAUCAAAGCAUCCCCCUGCCCCUCCUCCUCCUCCUCCGCCCCACUCCACCCCUGCCGCCCCCUCCCUAAGGGUCCUCCGCAGAGCAUAUUCACCCAGCAUGAUGGAGUAUGACACUGAGAACAUGAACUCGGAAGAGAUCUACAGCUCACUGCGCGGUGUCACCGAGGCCAUCCAGAGCUUCAGCUACCGGAGCCAGGAGGACCUGAAUGAGCCAAUCAGACAGGAGGGCAAGAGGGACGAUGCCGCAGGUAGAGAGGGCGUAGCGUCCUCUCCUGGCUCUGACGCCCGUCUUGGCUUAGACAUGGUGGAAGGGGGUCGCACAGCCUUGGACAACAAGACUUCCCUCCUCAACACGCCAUCUCCCCGCUCCUUCUCUGGGCCUCGGGGCCGUGAGUUUGCUCCUUAUGGCUACGGAGAAACCAUCUGCACGUAUGACAAGAGCGCCCUGAAGGAGGCCGUGUUUGACGAUGAUGUGGAGCAGUUCCGCGACUGCCGACGGCAGGAAAGUGGUGAAAACAAGACGACGCUCCCCAAGGUCUUUGCUCCUGCAGUCAGUCAGGACCGCUCCGACCUGGUACCCGACCUGCUGAAGGAGCUGUCCAAUCAUAACGAGCGUUCGGAGGAGCGUAAAUGCGCCCUGGUGGAACUGCUGAAGAUCACACGAGAAGACAGCCUGGCUGUAUGGGAUGAACACUUUAAAACCAUUCUACUCCUCCUGCUGGAGACACUGGGUGAUAAAGAUCACACCAUCCGAGCCCUGGCCCUGCGUUUGCUGAAAGAAAUUCUGAGGAACCAGCCGGCCCGUUUCAAAAACUAUGCUGAGCUAACCAUCAUGAAGACCCUGGAGGCUCACAAAGACACUCACAAGGAGGUUGUGCGUGCGGCCGAGGAGGCGGCAUCCACCCUGGCCGGCUCCAUCCACCCGGAGCAGUGCAUCAAGGUGCUGUGCCCCAUUGUGCAGACAGCCGACUACCCCAUCAACCUGGCUGCCAUCAAGAUGCAAACCAAAGUCAUUGAACGCAUCGCCAAGGACUCCUUACUGCAGCUGCUGCCUGACAUCAUCCCUGGACUCCUGCAGGGCUAUGACAACACAGAGAGCAGCGUUCGCAAGGCCAGUGUGUUCUGUCUGGUGGCCAUCUACUCUGUGAUUGGCGAGGAUCUCAAACCCCACCUGGCACAGCUCACAGGCAGCAAGAUGAAGUUACUGAACCUGUACAUCAAGCGAGCCCAGACGACCAACAGCAAUAGCAGCAGUUCCUCGGACGUCUCCUCUCACAGCUAAUGGAGGGAGGUUUCUGUGGAAACCCUGUGGAUGGACAGCGUUGGAGAAUUUCCAGGGCAUAGCCGCGCUUCGUUCAGACUUCUCUGUCUCUGAGCCCCCCCACCCCCACCCCUCCUCCUCAUCAUAACUUGAGCUCCCGUGCGCUUUCCUCCUGUGUCGAGGAGAUUCUACUUGUCAUUUAGUUCCUCCUCCCCACCUUUUUGCUCUAGAAACGUUUGAAUGUAACUGUGGAUUGGGUUUAGACUGAUGGGGAGAGAAUCAACCCAUUUGGAGUUUCUGGAUACAGGAAAUGCACUUUCUCUUCCUCCACUGUUCCCACAACCUCCCCACCCCCUUCUGUCUGUUGCAGCCUGUUUCUCCUUGAGCCUCCAAAUUUGAUAGAUUAAAGGGUUUAUACAUGAUGCGGUGAAAUAUUCAUGAUCAAAGUGGAGAGAUUUGUGAUUGGGAUGAAAUGUCAUUUGGCUGGCCGAGUGAUGGCAAGAAGCCCAUAGGUUUGGGGAGCAUCAAAACCAAAUAUUUUAUGAAAAAGAAAUAAUGAAAUGUGUAAGGGAACAAUGUGACAGAAAAAAUUACUGUAUGAUAAUUUUUUGUUCAUGUUUUAAGUUAAGUGAUCAUUUUGGUGGCUCAUAGAAGCCUGGGCAUCGAUUGUAGUCUUUUUUUAAUGCUAAUUUGUAAUUAAGAGAGGCUUAAUCAAUUGAAUCCCCCUCACAAAAAAUUAUGUUACACUCAACACGGUAACAAGUUGCCAAAAGAUAAACUUAUCAGCUACAUAAUUGACAAUCCUUUAAAUGUAGUGCAGGUCUUUAUUUUGAGGUACAGAAGAUGAAAUGGCUGUUAAACGUCACAAAGUUCCAAUUUGUCUUGAAAUUCACAAUCAACAGAAGCUGACAUGCAAAGUUGUGUUGCCUGUAUUUUCUCACUGAACUGUCUGCAUUAAGUUCAAAAGCAGUGCUUUCUUUGCCUAUUGGUUGUGGCAUGUAACUCUCUAAAGGUUGCUGCUCAGUAGAGUCACACGUCCUUUGUAAAUACUGCACAUGUUUUCCCUGCUUGGAGUUGUGAGGGAGACCAGCGAUCCGGGACAGUCAAAAAAGACAUUACCAGGCCUUAUUCACUUUACACACACGGAUGUUAGUUGACUGGGACUGCGGAGAGUGAAUGGGGCGUACAGCACUGUAACUCUCGGCUCUCAAAAAAAUAAAUGUGAAAAGCAGAAGAAACGGAGCUCGGCAGUGUUCUUAACCUAUGAUGAUGCAAUGAUCCACAGCUUCUGCAAUAACCCCACAAAUCCACAAAUAAAAUGUAUUUUGUACAUACACUUUUUGACCAGUGCUUCAGGUUGGCUUUCUCACUUUUUCUGCAUGUUAGCGACCAAGCUUGCCUGUAAUCUGCAGCACAUGCCAACUUGCUGUUUUGAAGGGCCCAGGUUUUUGGCUGUUAAAGUGCACUUGUGACAUCAUCAGAUGACUCAUCUCUGAUAGAAUGUUUUGGUAGAGGAGCUAGUCCCAUUCGCCACACUCAUAUGUAAAAGGUACAAAGUGCAGCAACAACUGUUGACCACAACCAUGUAUUGAGAAGUCAUACCUCUGCGCACGGCUUUUGAUUUCAGUGUUAAGUUUGAGGUGUCAAGAAGCUUUAAAAAAAAAGUUGGAUCUUGCAACGGGAUCUCUCUUUAAGUUGAUGGGUUCCCAUAGUUUACCCCUCAGAGAUCCGAGUCCAGCCAUGGAUCCCUGAUUGGGAAAGGUUUCCCUCAUCUGAUUAGAUUUUUUUAAUUACUGGAUAUCAUUAUGCCUUUAAAAUUCUGUUAUUUUAUGUUAUUUUAUGUUAUUCUGUAAUCAUCAUAAUAAUAAGGAUCUCACCUGGGGAUGGCCUGAGUCCUUGGAUGGACAAUUUGGGACUCACUGUUUUAGUUGAGUGGUGUUUUCAUUCAGGGGAAUCCACUGCAAGUGGGUCAACUGUGGUUAUUUAAGUAAAUGAAUGUACAGUAUUGUGUUAUAAAUGAGCUUUUAAGUAUUAGUACUGAAAAUGAUUUCAGCAACAUGCAGCCCUGUAAACUCUGUAAUAUGGCUGUCUGCACUCUACCUUACUCUACUUUCCCCUGAAUUCCCUCAACACUUUCAGUCAUCAAUCAGCCCACAUGUAGUUUUUUGUUUUCAGGCCAGUUAACGCAAAUCCACAAAUGGCAUAAGAGCAAAGUUCACAAAUCUGCAAACUACCGGUCACUAGCAUAUGUUAUCACAUUACUGGUCCUUAAAACAGACUACAUGGUAUUCCUUGCAAACUGUUCACUAUGCAUGUUCUACAGUACACUACAGUCUUUGUUUUGUCUCAAUCGUUCAUGUAAUAUUCAUACCUGUAUUUAUAUAUUUUAUUUUAUUUUGUUCUCUCAUGAUAAACUGUACAGGUUUUUUGUUGUUGUUAACUUCCACCUGUGAUAGGUUUGCAACAAUGUAAAGAAAUUGUUUGCUCUAGAAAUAAACAGCCUAAGAACUGA